UACUUACUGUGCGAUCUGUACUCUUCUAUCUCCGCUGAGAUACUGCCAGAGAUUAUUAUCAUCGUGGGAAAAUCGAAGUAUUUAUUUAUUGUACCUGCUGUAUUAUCUAACUCCAUAAUCAUUACAGUUCAGGAAUAUUCAGUAUCAAGAGACAAGAGAGUAAAUUAUUGAGUGACCAUGGCUUGUCCCAUGACAAUCAAUGUAAUAAACGAAAAUGCGACAGCCGAUGCAGAUCAGGAUGGAGAUCAACUGACCGAAGGCCCUGGGUUACUUUACAGCGAGUAUUUACAUCUCGACAAGAUAUUAUCGGCGCAGAAUCCACUUAGUACAAUAUAUAAAGAUGUCGUUCACGAUGAGCAUCUUUUCAUUAUUACCCAUCAAGCGUACGAGCUCUGGUUCAAGCAAAUCAUUUACGAGUUGGACUCCAUAAGAGGACUUUUCAAUACUGAGGGCUUGGACGAAUCUCGUACACUUGAAAUACUGAAGAGAUUGAAUCGUAUCGUUCUCAUUCUAAAGCUACUGGUCGAUCAGGUGAUGAUACUUGAAACGAUGACUCCUCUAGACUUUAUGGCUUUUCGUGAUUAUCUUUGUCCCGCUUCCGGUUUCCAAUCACUUCAGUUUCGUCUGCUGGAGAAUAAACUUGGCGUUCAGCAAGAACAUCGUGUAAAAUUUAAUCAAAGCUAUACUCGCGUUUUUGGUCGAGAUCCACGAGCCAUCGAAGCCAUCUGUCGGGCUGAAGGGGAACCGAGUUUGAGCUUUCUGGUUCAACAGUGGUUGGCAAGGACGCCAGGUCUUGAGACUGAUGAUUUUGAUUUUUGGGGAAAGUACAAAAAAGCUGUUGAUCGGAUGCUUGCCGAUCAGGAAGUCGUAGUAGAGAAUGAAACAAAGGAACAAACGAAGAAGCAUCUAACGGCUAGUCUGGCAUCACGUCGAGCAGUCUUCGACACCAUCUUCAACGAGUCUCUUCACAAUGCUUUGGUCUCCAGGGGUGAACGAAGAUUUAGUCAUGCAGCCUUACAAGGUGCUGUCAUGAUCACGCUCUACAGGGAUGAGCCACGCUUCAGUCAACCACAUCAAAUUCUUACAGCAUUGAUGGAUAUUGAUUCUUUGAUUACCAAGUGGAGAUAUAAUCACGUCAUUAUGGUUCAACGAAUGAUUGGAUCCCAACAAUUAGGAACUGGCGGUUCAUCUGGCUACCACUAUCUAAAAUCGACCUUGAGUGACCGGUAUAAGGUGUUCCUGGAUCUCUUCAAUCUGUCAACGUUUCUGAUCCCACGGCAACUUAUCCCGCCAUUGACCAAGAAGAUGAAGACCAAACUGUCAGUUGCUUGGGGUUCAUGGGGUGAGGAGGAUGAACAUAAUAAUUCUGAAAGUUCUGUCGAAGUUUCUAUGUGACGUUUGUUGAAGAAUCAACCUCGUCCGAUGAACAUAACAAGAGAUAUUAAUGAUAGUUUAGCAAAAUUAUAAGGUAUCAAGAGUGAAAAUUGAAUUUUUAUUCGUCAACUUAUUAUGUACUAUAUACGUAUAAUAUAUUACUUAUAUAUAAAAAAUAUCAUUCGCUCAACGAGAGCAUGCAAAAACUUUUUCUAAUGCCGUUAUACAUUUGAAAAUUGCACGAAUAAAUACUAAGUAUGAAAAAAAGA